AUGGCAACUCAUAGGACUCUGGUCAAAAUUCAUUGCAUACAGCAGAUUGUAGAGAGUGUUCAUCACUGCCAUGUCAAUGGUAUCGUUCACAGGGACCUGAAGCCUGAGAACCUCCUAUUGGCCAGUAAGCUGAAGGGGGCGGCGGUUAAGCUAGCUGACUUUGGGCUCGCCAUCGAGGUGCAGGGCGACCAACAGGCAUGGUUUGGUUUUGCUGGUACACCAGGCUACCUGUCUCCAGAGGUUCUGAGAAAAGACCCAUAUGGAAAGCCUGUGGACAUGUGGGCCUGUGGGGUGAUCCUGUACAUCCUAUUGGUCGGUUAUCCUCCCUUCUGGGACGAGGACCAACACAGACUGUACCAGCAGAUCAAGGCUGGGGCCUACGAUUUCCCAUCCCCAGAGUGGGACACAGUGACUCCUGAUGCCAAAGACCUGAUCAAUAAGAUGUUGACCAUCAACCCUGGCAAACGCAUCACCACCGCAGAGGCCCUCAAACACCCCUGGAUCUGUCAACGGUCCACUGUAGCUUCCAUGAUGCACAGACAGGAGACUGUGGAGUGUCUGAAGAAGUUCAACGCCAGGAGAAAACUCAAGGGAGCCAUUUUGACCACUCUGCUGGUAACAAAAAACUUCUCAGCAGUCAAGAGUCUGCUGAACAAGAGUAGGAUGCUGAUUGACGCCGUCAAGGCGAACAACAAAGCCAACACAGUGACCAGUCCUAAAGACACCAGCUUAACCCCAGCACUGGAACCCCAGACCACAGUGAUCCACAACCCAAUAGAUGGGAAGAAGGAGUCUAUAGAGAGCGCCAACACCACCAUCGAGAACGAGGAUGUCAAAGUCCUCUGUUUUGGGAACUUGGUAGGUAGUGUGUGGAGCUCUAAGGGUCGUUCCACUCAGUCGUCUGAGCCCAGGCAGACUCCCCCUCUUCAGGACAGACUCGGAAGCAGGAAAUCAUCAAAGUCACAGAGCAGCUGAUCGAAUCCAUCAACAACGGAGACUUCGAGGCCUACGUG